AUGGCUUCUAAUUCGGAUUCGAAUAUCGAAGAAAAUUAUAAUUUAAAAACUGGAAUUACAGAAGAGUUUUCAGAUUUAGACGUUGAUGAGUAUGAUGAAUCAUGGUUUAAUAAAGAUUUAGAUCUAAAUACGAGUGAUAUAAGCGAUGCAAGCAAUAAUCAAGAUUUACAAGAGAUAGCAUUUUUUACCAAAAAAUUGCACGUAAAUCAAAUUAUCCAUAAUGCAUUACUUGUGGAAUAUCCGGCAACAUCUGAAGAUAAAAUUGCAACUAUCUAUAAUUAUUCAAUUAAUGGUCGUGGUGGUGCUACUGCUAUUCAAGAUUGUUUCUAUUUUGGGAAUAUUUCUGUUAAAAAGGAUGAGUGA